GAUCCAAGCUCUUCCCUGAUCAAACAACACCACCGCUCUUUCAUGGAUGCGGACUUCGUGUUUACUCGGAAUCGCCCGACCGUUGAGAUUUAUCCACGCAAUGUUUAGAAGUUUCUAUAGGAAAAAUCCAUCCGCCCCGCGCUCGGUGUUUCUAAUGAGACGACGUUUGAUUCUCAUGUCAAACCAUAGCCUCUUUUACGCGCUUUAGAUGUCAGCAAUCACUUGAAGCAUGGCCUGUAUUGUAUGACUAUAGAUUUACGUCGGUCACAGCGGGGUUCACGAGAGGCAGAAUUAUCCUUACGAAUUGGGAUACCUUUCAUCAAUGAGGUUACAAUAGCUUCAAAUUUGCUCUAGCGUUUAGACUUUUUAUUGGCCGUCCGACCAAUCCACCCCUGUUUGAACAUUGGACUGCAUCUAGGCUGCGCAAUAUGUAUAGAUGAUGUGGAACACCCCUCGUUGAGAAAAAUGACCCCCAAGCGCCUGUUGUUACCAAACAUAAAGACAGUGGUAUCCCGUCAAAAGUGACGAUGGCUUCCCCGUUUCCCCAUCCUGUUUUGUUACAUUUGCGGUGCAGAUGCAUUCCCUUCUUUAUGCUAACAUAUGCAUUAGCAUUUUGCUGUCAUGUACCAAUGCAUUGAUAUUUCCCAAUGUAAAUCCUCGUGGGUACAAUAGCACGGGAUCCAAUAGUACGAAAUCCAAUAAUAGUACGAAAUCUGAACAGAGCCUCAGAAUUCAACCUCUCGGUAACUCGAUAACUUUCGGCUACUUAUCUAGUGAUGGAAAUGGCUUUCGCCUUGGCCUUCGUAAUCUACUCACAUCUGCUGGAAACACCGUUCAAUAUGUGGGCUCGGUUCGAGCAGGCAACAUGAGUGACAAUUUCAAUGAAGGCCACCCAGGGGCCAUCAUCUCUGAAAUUGCCGAAUAUGCGAAGUUAUCUCUUCCCGAGGAUCCAAAUCUGGUUUUGCUCAUGGCUGGUACCAAUGACAUGAACAAUUUCAACAAUGUCACCACAGCUCCAGAUCGACUCAGCGGACUCAUCGAUGAGAUCACUUCUAUGGUUCCGAAUGUUACUGUCAUAGUUGCUCAGCUUACCCCCGCUUCAAACUCUAGCGUAGAUGCCGCGAUGGUCGCUUUCAAUUCUAAGAUCCCCGAUAUCGUUGCGUCUAAAGUUUCCGCUGGUCAAAAAGUUUCCACAGUCAACAUGAUGGACUAUGUCACUGUGAAUGACUUAGUAGAUGGACUUCAUCCAACAGAUUAUGGAUAUCAGCAAAUGGCAAAAGCAUGGUUCGCUGGGAUUCAGCAAGUACAGAAGAAUGGGUGGAUAGACCCCCCAAUUUCCACCAACGUCACGCUGGCUCUUCAGACGGCGGUCGCAGCUAGUACAGCUACAAGUACUAUCAGCAGUUCCAGCGCCAGUUCCACUAGUACCCAAACUACCAGCACAACUAUCGGCAGCAGCAGUAGCACGGCCUCUUCCAAAUCAGCUUCCGACAGAAAUUUUCGUAGUACUUCGAUUAGCACAGUAUGUCUUUUAGUUUUGGCCAGCUACUUCUUGCACGCCUGACUACCUCGGAUAAUUACUUUUAUGCCAAGGUUUUCCCCAUACAACAUUCGGGGAUUGAUUCCAUCCACCAGAAACUUUUUGGCAUUCUUAUGAAUUUUGGACACAAUCAGGAAAUACAAAUCCAGCUCAACUUUUCACAAAGAGACGACUUGGUAUAGAGAGUACAGCUAGCGGAGGUUUUGGCUCAAGUGAUUAAACGAGGACAUGCUCAGGUGUAUAAUCGAAAGCUCGAUAAUGAAUAGAGUAUGGCAAACCUGAAAGACCAGCUAGACUUAGUGGAAGAUACUCAGGCGCGAACAGCUUUGUAUAUACAAGUAUUUAAUUAAUUGAUAAUUUUUA